AUGUAUAUUAUCAAACAACAACUUACUGCGGAAUUCAAUGCACGUGUUGAAAGAUUAACUGCAGAUAUUACGUUACGAGAUGCUACAUUUGUUGUUGAGAGACAGAAAAUUGUGGCAAUAGUAAAUACUAUAAUUGAAACUAUUAAUGAAAUUACAACCAAUUAUGAUUCUCUUCAUGAUCAGUUGGAUCAUUUAACUGAAACAG